GCUGCACGAGCUGUGGCAACGCCCACAGCGAAGCCGGUGGCAAUGCCGGUGGCAAUGCCCGUGGCAGCGCCUGUGUCUAUACGACGGCAGGUCGUCGUCAACCAGCUGCCUCAAAAGUUCAUGCCCUACCCUUGCACGGCCGGCAGUGGCCAGGCUGUGCUUCGGGCCCAUGUGUCGGGCAACGGCAUCAAGUCGGUGCUACAGCCCUCCGGUGGUCAACCUGCAGUGGUUGUGCGUCAGCUGCCAGUGGCCCGAGUUCUGGCGCCAACAUCUGGCUACAGCCACUCGGGUGUGUGGACGACCUUUCAGCGGCCGCUUUUGCCAACAGCAUCGGCCUCCUUUGGCACUCCGACUCCGGUGCUGCAACGCAUUGCAAUCCCGCCCGCGGCGCUUGCGUUGCAGCGGACAAGCACCCGGUGGAGAAGCUGGGAGGCAAAGCACACUUCUGCUUCACGCCUGUCAUCAGUGACGGUCAGAGCCAGGGCUGCAAGGCGAUGAGAUACUCCCUCAUCAGCCGGGAGGUCAUAACAGACUGCAUCGAGCUGAUGCACGAGGGCUACCAUGCUGACGCCAUCAUCACCCUGGCCGGCUGCGACAAGAGUGUCCCCGCAUCCGUCAUGCCGCUCGCGCGGAAG